AUGUUCCUUCCACAUCCACCAGACUUGUCACACCGGGAAGUCACAGCCAGGACCGGAGGUAACCCACCUGCUGCCACCAUCAUGGCCACAGAAUCAGUCGCCACCUCAUUGCCCGUACGGACGGUGAAGCAGUCCAGCACCCACCCAUUGUCUCCCAUCAGCAGCGAAGAGAUCCAGAAUGCGGUAUCUUUGAUCAGGUCGCAAUGGCCGCAAGGCCAGGACCUCCACUUCAAGGCCAUCACUCUCGAGGAGCCACUGAAGGCACAGGUAGUGCCAUACCUCGAAGCAGAAUUCAGUGGCUACGAUCUACCACAGAUCGAGCGCAAGGUCUUCGUCACGUACUAUCUGAGGGCGACAAACAAGUUCCACGAAGCUGUCGUCAACCUGAGCUCCCAAAAUGUGGAGUACAACAUGAGACUAGGCAAGAACGAUCAUGCACCAUUCGAUGGCGAGGAGAUCGUCGCUAUGGAGCAGAUUGCUCUUCAAGAUGAGGGUGUGCAAGCAGAAUUGGCUAAGCUGAAGCUGCCCGAAGGCUCGAAGGUUGUGAUUGAUCCCUGGAUCUAUGGAUCUGAUGGCGUUGAGGACGACGACCGCAUGGCUCAGUGCUUUCUAUACCUGCGUGAUCCCCUAAACUCUGAUGAGCUCGACUCCAACCACUACGCCCUACCACUCAGUAUCUCACCCGUUCUUAGUCUGGUGUCUCUGAAGGUAAUCCGUAUCGACCGUCUUCCAACAGGAGCUGACAACACCAUUUCCGGGCCAAAGCCCUGGGACCCGAAGCCAGCCAACGAGUACGUUCCAGAGUACCAGAAACUGCGCACAGAUCUCAAGCCAUUGCAAGUCAUCCAGCCAGAAGGUGCAAGCUUCUCCGUUCAAGAACAAGGCACAUCCAGCGUCAUCGAGUGGCAGAAGUGGUCGUUCCGCAUCGGCUUCAACCAGCGCGAAGGCAUGGUUCUCUACAACGUCCGCUACGACGGCCGUAACCUCUUCUAUCGUCUCUCCCUAUCUGACAUGAACAUCCCAUAUGCCGACCCUCGCCACCCAUUCCACAAGAAGUCAGCUUUCGAUCUCGGAGACGCUGGAGCUGGAAUCAUGGCCAACGAUCUCAAGCUCGGAUGUGACUGCCUUGGUUCGAUCCACUACCUAUCAGCAACCCUAGCCGAUGACAAGGGCAAUCCACUCGACAUGCCAAACGUCGUCUGUAUCCACGAGCAAGACGGCGGCAUUGGCUGGAAGCACACCAACUACCGAACCGGCCGCGCAGCCGUUGUGCGGAACAGGGAGCUCGUUAUCCAGAGCAUCAUCACGGUUGCAAACUACGAGUACAUCAUGGACUUCAUGUUCAACCAAGCCGGUGAAGUCGCCUAUGAGGUUCGCGCCACUGGUAUCUUAUCAACACAACCCAUCGAUGACGGAGUCGAAGUACCGUGGGGCACAGUCGUACACCCGGGUGUCCUUGCAACUCAUCACCAGCACAUCUUCUCCCUCCGUGUCGAUCCCAUGAUCGAUGGCUACCACAACCGUCUAGUCUACGACGAAGCCCAUGCGAUGCCACGCAGUGACUUCAAUCCUCACGGCACGGGAUACUACACCCAGGAGACCAUCGUAGAGCAAUCUGGCGGUUUCAAUGUUGACUACGAAGCCAACAGGACAUUCAAAAUCCAGAACGCCGAUGUGCGAAACCCGAUCAAUGGAAAGCCGGUUGCGUACAAGAUUCACGCUCCUGCUUUCCAGAAGAUGUUGUCAGACACGCAGAGCUUCAACCACAAGCGUGCGGAAUUCGCGGAUAAGUCGAUUUACGCUGUCAAAUACCGUGAUGGCGAGCUGUAUGCUGGUGGGAAGUACACGAACCAGAGCCGAGGGGGCAAUGGUGUGCGUGCCUGGGCAGAUCGUAAGGACAACAUCGUGGAUGAUGAUCUGGUGGUCUUUGUGCAAUUCGGCAUCAACCACAUUCCACGCAUCGAAGACUUCCCAGUCAUGCCAUGCGAGGUGAUCAAGGUGGCUAUGAAGCCUGUGAACUUCUUCGACAAGAAUCCAGCACUGGACGUGCCGCCAAGCACGCAGCAGUUCAAUCAGAGUGUGCUGCUCAGCGAGCAGCACCAUCAGGGUAGUGUGGAGGGCAAGGUCGAUGCGAAUGGUGCUGUGUGCUGCCAGACGACGAGUAGUAAGCUGUAG